GAGGCUCAGACUGAUCCAGACCGAGCUGAGGGCUGAACAGAGGUCAGAAGUCCUGAAGGAUUCUCUCCAGCUGGAGAUAAAGAACAAACUGUGGUCCUGUCUGAGGAGGGAAGAAGAUUUGGAGAUUUUAAACAUGGGACCUGACCAGUCCGUGGAUUUUUAUUUUUUCCCCGUUUCUGGGAUGAAAUUCUUGUGAAACUCUGAUCACCUUCACAUCUUCCUUCAUGGAGCUCUCUUCUUCUUCUCUACCUCCACCCUCUCCCUUCAUCCCUAACUCCUCCCUGCCCUCCUCCUCUCCCUCCAUCUCUCCGUCUCCCAGUUGGACCUCCACGGUUCUGUUCUGCUCCCUGCUGUCUCUCCUCUGUCUGCUGGGGAUCUUAGGGAACAUCUACACUCUGGUUCUGCUGCUGAGGCGUAGGAGGAGAAGAGGACUUCUCUCCAGACUUCCUGUCCCGUCCUGCCUGGCCGGUUCCUCCCCUCCUUCCUCCUCCUCCCUCCACCUCCAGGUUCUGAGUCUGGCCCUGGCCGACCUGCUCUACCUGUUCACGGCUCCGUUCAUCGUGUACGACAGCCUGGCGUCGGGUUGGGCCUUCGGGGAGCCGGGCUGCCGGCUGCUGCUGAGCCUGGACCUUCUGACCAUGCACGCCUCCAUCUUCACCCUCACCGCCAUGAGCCUGGACCGGUACCGGGCCGUGGCUCGGCCGCUGCACGCCUCUUCCUCGUCGUCGUCGGGCCUGCUGCGGGUGGGGGUGUGCUGGGGGCUGGCGGUGGCGCUGAGCCUGCCCAUGAUGAUCACGCUCCACCUGGAGGACGGGGAGGACCAGAACCAGGACCAGCUGUGUGUUCCUGCCUGGGACGAGCAGAGCUCCAAGGCCUACCUCAGCGUCCUGUUCUGCACCAGCAUCCUGGGACCGGGUCUGGCCAUCGGGGCUCUGUACGCCACCCUGGGUCGGCUCUACUGGGUCUCCCAGACCCGGCCGGCCUGGGCCAGCGGGGGCGGCGCCGCCUGUGCCCCCAGAGCCCCCAGACCCAAAGUCCUGCUGCUCAUCCUGGGCAUCGUUCUGGCCUUCUGGGCCUGUUUCCUGCCCUUCUGGGUCUGGCAGCUGCUGCCUCUCUACCAGCCCGACAUGCUGCGGACGGUACCGGUGGGAACCCAGGUGACGGUGAACCGGAUCCUGACCGGACUGACGUACGGGAACUCCUGCGUGAACCCGUUCUUCUACACGCUGCUGACCGGGAAACGGAACCGACAGGCGCCGGCAUCGGCCAAGCAGCUCUGCAGGAAGAGCAGCCCGGACCAGUAGAACCGGACCAGUGGAACCCAGAACCGUAGAACCCAGAACCAUAGAACCAGACCAGUAAAACCGGACCAGUAGAACCCAGAAUCAUAGAACCAGACCAGUAGAACCAGACUACAGUAGAACCGGACCAGUAGAACCCAGAACCGUAGAACCGGACCAGUAGAACCGGACCAGUAGAACCGGACCAGUGGAACCCAGAACCGUAGAACCCAGAACCAUAGAACCAGACCAGUAAAACCGGACCAGUAGAACCCAGAAUCAUAGAACCAGACCAGUAGAACCAGACUACAGUAGAACCGGACCAGUAGAACCCAGAACCGUAGAACCGGACCAGUAGAACCGGACCAGUAGAACCGGACCAGUGGAACCCAGAACCGUAGAACCCAGAACCAUAGAACCAGACCAGUAGAACCGGACCAGUGGAACCCAGAACCGUAGAACCAGACCAGUAGAACCGGACCAGUAGAACCCAGAAUCAUAGAACCAGACCAGUAGAACCAGACUACAGUAGAACCGGACCAGUAGAACCCAGAACCGUAGAACCGGACCAGUAGAACCUAGAACUGUAGACCCGGACCAGUAGAACCGGACCAGUGGAACCCAGAACCGUAGAACCCAGAACCAUAGAACCAGACCAGUAGAACCGGACCAGUAGAACCCAGAAUCAUAGAACCAGACCAGUAGAACCGGACCAGUGGAACCCAGAACCGUAGAACCCAGAACCAUAGAACCAGACCAGUAGAACCGGACCAGUAGAACCCAGAACCGUAGAACCGGACCAGUAGAACCAGACUACAGUAGAACCCAGAACCGUAGAACCGGACCAGUAGAACCUAGAACUGUAGACCCGGACCAGUAGAACCGGACCAGUAGAACCCAGAACCAUAGAACCAGACCAGUAGAACCCAGAACCAUAGAACCGGACCAGUAGAACUAGACCAGUAGAACCGGACCAGUAGAACUGGACCAGUAGAACCUAGAACCAUAGAACCAGACCAGUAGAACCCAGAACCGUAGAACCAGACCAGUAGAACCUAGAACCAUAGAACCAGACCAGUAGAACCGGACCAGUAGAACCAGACCAGUAGACCCCAGAACCAUAGAACCGGACCAGUAGAACUAGACCAGUAGAACCUAGAACCAUAGAACCAGACCAGUAGAACCGGACCAGUAGAACCAGACCAGUAGAACCUAGAACCAUAGAACCGGACCAGUAGAACUGGACCAGUAGAACCGGACCAGUAGAACCCAGAACCAUAGAACCAGACCAGUAGAACCGGACCAGUAGAACCAGACCAGUAGAACCUAGAACCAUAGAACCGGACCAGUAGAACUGGACCAGUAGAACCAGACCAGUAGAACCAGACUACAGUAGAACCGGACCAGUAGAACCCAGAACCGUAGAACCGGACCAGUAGAACCUAGAACCGUAGACCCGGACCAGUAGAACCGGACCAGUAGAACCUAGAACCAUAGAACCGGACCAGUAGAACUGGACCAGUAGAACCAGACCAGUAGAACCCAGAACCAUAGAACCAGACCAGUAGAACCGGACCAGUAGAACCGGACCAGUAGAACCUAGAACCAUAGAACCGGACCAGUAGAACUGGACCAGUAGAACCGGACCAGUAGAACCCAGAACCAUAGAACCAGACCAGUAGAACCGGACCAGUAGAACCAGACCAGUAGAACCCAGAACCAUAGAACCGGACCAGUAGAACUGGACCAGUAGAACCGGACCAGUAGAACCCAGAACCAUAGAACCGGACCAGUAGAACCAGACCAGUAGAACCCAGAACCGUAGAACCGGACCAGUAGAACCGGACCAGUAGAACCUAGAACCGGGUCUGAGGGCCGUCUGGACUCCAGGGUGUUGGAGAUCAAAACUUUAGAGCUCCAGAACCAAAGACUUGUUGCAGAACUGAGAAAAGCACUUUGCAUAAAAACCAGAAGAGAAGCAGCAGAACGACGGUCUGAUGAGAAAAGUGAUGAAAACGUUCCAAAGCAGAGAUUUAUUAAAACGUCUGAGGAGCAAACAGGAACGUUAAGACGACUUUUUCCUUUUAAAGAGACGAAACGGUUCUUCAUCCUUUUUCAACGUUUAAUGAUAAAACAUUUUUUAAAAGGCAGCAGAAACCAAGUUUACAGGAAAAUUAUCAUUAAAAUGUUUAAAUUAUUUGGUUUUGCAGCAAAAACAACUUUCAUUGAAAUCAAUCCUGACAAACUAGAUAAGUAGAAGUUUUUUAAACACUGCAUCAGUUUCUUUGACAACAAUUUAGCAAAAAAGACUCUUUCAUGUCAAAGUGAAAACAGAUUUCUAUGAAGUAAUAUUAAUUAAUUAAAACAUGAAAUCAGUGAUUGACUUUAAAAUCCUUUCAAGUGACUCAAAACAUUAAAUCCGUUCUCACUUUGACAUGAAAGAGUCUUUUUUUGUUUAAAUUCUGAUCAAUCUUUUUGAUGAUCAAUCAUCCUCUCCUUGAUUUCUAGGAUUUGGUUUCAAACUCCACCCCUUAAAGUGACUGAAAACAUUUAACACUCGAAACUGUUUUCACUUUGACAUGAAAGAAGCUUUUUUAUGUCAAUUAUUGUAAAACAAAAAGCAGUCAUUUCUUCACAGGUCUUUCUAAAAACUGUUCAUCUCUUGCUAAAAGCAUAAACAAUAAACCACAGCAGGUUUACACGAUGACAAUCAGCUUUUUAAAGGUUGAAUGGUUUUUUUUUCAGCUUUUUAAAGGUUGAAUGUUUUUUGCAGGUUUUUAAAUGGAGACGAACGUUUCAUCCAUAAACUGAAUAUUUCAGGAGAACCAGGAACUUGAAGACGUGGUCGACACUUUUCUGUUUGUUGACUCAAAGACCUUCUUUAACCGUCUUUAGUUUCUCCUCAUGAACUCUGGAAAAGUUUGAUUUUAUUCUAAUAAUCUGAAUUUGAAAUGUGAGUUCUGAGAACGAGGCGGAGCUUCUCCUGAUGUUUCUAAUGUCUGAUAAUAAAAGAACGUCUGUGUGAGAUUCUCUGGACGUUUAAAGUCGA